AUGCUGAAUGAGAUGGACGGCAUAGGCAUCAGAUUAGACACAAAGUUAAAUGCUUCACUUGCAAGGCAAACAAAUGAUGGUCAAAUGAUGAAGCCAGGAAACUCCUCUUUACACAACUACAAGACUAGCAGUUCAUCAGAUACUGAAAAGUCCCAUGUUAUUGUCAUUGGAGCUACAAAUAGGCCUGACAUGAUAGACUCUGCGAUACUCAGACCCGGACGUAUUGACAAGAUGAUCUAUGUACCACCACCAGAUUUAAAGAGCCGUGAAUCAAUACUCAAGAUUCAGCUGUCCAAAAUGGCUACUCUCGAUGUAGAUAUAGAAGAACUCAGCAGGAAGUCAGAAUUCUUUUCUGGUGCAGAUCUGAAAAAUUUAUGCAUGGAG